AGAGGGCAUAGCCAUAGGCCAUUGGACUGAUAGGACAUAGGAGGGAACUGAAUUUUACUAUGCAUGUUUGGCGAUGGAAGCAAAGCUGCUGCCAUCGAAUCCGCCAUUGUUUUCCCCAACCCUUCUUCCCAUUCCCAUUUCCAUCGCAUUCCCCCCUCGUACUCUCCAAUCCCACAAUCCCAUUCCCACCGCCCACCGCACUCUGACUCUACCACCAUCCACACCCUCCAAAUCCAAUUCCAUUCCCGCGCCUAACCAAAUGGACGACCCAAAUCCCACCCUUUUCAUCACCGGCGGCCUCUUCUUGGAACCCACGAUUCCCAAUUCCCUGCUCAAUUCCGUUGUGUCGUUUAAGAAUAACUCUCCGUCUUCGGCUGUCGUUUCCGGGGCGGGUUCGUCGUACUGGUGUAGGCUGAGGGCGGUGGCCGGCGGUGGGUUCUUGUCCGUGAGCUUGAAUAGCGAUGGGGUUGUUCGGGAGUCUAAAGGGUGUUUGGUGCAGAAUGGAGAUGAAAGUUCGGAGGAGACAGCGGCGGCGGUGGUUACAGAGAGGAAGAGAAAGAAAGUUGGGGUUAGGAGUGGUAGGGCCAUGAAUACCACCAAGCAUUUGUGGUCUGGUGCUAUAGCCGCCAUGGUUUCCAGAACUUUUGUUGCACCUCUUGAGAGACUAAAGCUGGAGUAUAUAGUGCGCGGCGAACAGAGGCAUCUAUUUGAGCUCGUUAAGACAAUUGCGGCUAAUCAGGGGUUGAGGGGCUUUUGGAAGGGGAACCUAGUCAAUAUUCUUCGUACAGCUCCAUUUAAAGCAAUCAAUUUCUAUGCUUAUGAUACUUACAGAAAACAAUUGCUCCGCUUCUCCGGAAAUAAGGAGACCACAAAUUUUGAGAGGUUCGUUGCUGGUGCUGCAGCUGGAAUUACUGCUGCCACACUCUGCUUACCUCUUGACACGAUUCGGACUCAGUUGGUGGCUCCUGGUGGGGAAGCCUUGGGUGGUGUGAUUGGUGCUUUUCGCCACAUGAUCCAAACUGAAGGGUUCUUUUCGCUUUAUAAGGGCUUAGUACCCUCCAUUGCAAGCAUGGCACCUGCAGGUGCAGUUUUCUAUGGUGUCUAUGAUAUAUUAAAAUCAACAUACCUGCACUCCCAUGAUGGAAGGAAAAGAAUUCACAAGAUGAGCCAACAGGGGUGGGGUCGGAGUGCUUUGGACCAACUGGAGUUGGGACCGGUUCGGACUUUACUAUAUGGAGCUAUUUCUGGUGCUUGUGCAGAAGCCGCCACAUAUCCAUUUGAAGUGGUGAGGAGACAACUACAACUACAAGUCCAGGCAACUAAAAUGAAUGCCUUGGCAACUGGUAUUAAAAUAGUUGAACAUGGAGGUGUCCCAGCUCUCUAUGCAGGACUUAUCCCCAGCUUGUUGCAGGUACUUCCUUCGGCCGCAAUAAGUUACUUUGUCUAUGAGUUUAUGAAGAUUGUUCUCAAGGUAGAAUGAAGAGAUAGAAUGAGUACAUCUGAAGGUAUACAAUUGGAGGUUUCACGGGGAACUCAGUGAGGAGCAGCAGCUAUAUACUCAGAAUCCCACAAGAUUCUUGUAUUGUGACAGCAAGGAAAAUACUCAAAUCUGAAUCUUCUCUCAAUUCAUGCUAACUCAUUUGCAAAUCUAACUCUUUGGUCACUGCCGAAAUUUGAGUUUCAUUCCCAAGAAACAAGUUCAUACAGAUCGUGUCCGCUUUUCGCCCGUGCAGCGCGUGCCUACUAAUGGGAGGUGGUCUGCUGUUUGCUGCCCUCAUUUACUUGCCCACUGUAGUUUGUACUGAAUAAAGAAAUUGUGGCACACUGUACAAAAUUUACUAUUCCCAAAUGCUCUGCAGCUGCAGGUGCGUGCUUAUACUCUAUAUCUAUAUUUUUUGGUUAUACAGAUGAUGAAUUUAUUAUAAUUCUAACUCAUUACCGUCGUCAGCCUUAAUCCCCUCGUCUUAAGCAUAUAAAUACCGAAAAUUGUAAUAAAAGAAAAGAGUAGAAAAAUGACGUCAUUAUUCCAAAGUUCAAACCACCUAGCCCUGUCGAUAAUCGCAAAGCCCUCCUUUCUCCUUCGAGUAGCAGUCCCAUCUGCUCCGAAUCGUCUUCGCAACCCCAUUCCUGCAUUCAAAAGAUGCCGCCGGACGGCGACCUCUGCACGUGCUUCGCCUGCGAAAAUGGUGGCGCCAACGGCGGGCACCACAUAUCCCCUGAUCCGAACUGUGAGCAUUGCAGGGAGUUCGAUCCCUCACCCUCGUCGCUUUACUAUUCUUCCUCGCUCGGAUACGUUUCUGCGCCGCUGAGCGACUCGGAGAAGCUGCGGCGAGUCGUGACUGCUUCGAUUAAGGGCUUCACCAUCGGCGCCGGCCUCGCCAUUUUCUCCAUCCUAGCUCGGCUGAGACGACGGAAGCUCUUAGCAUCUCUCAGCUUUUCAGUUUGGGAUUAAAAGCAAACGGUUUGGUGGCAUUUGUAAACCUCUCACUUGGGCUCAUGGUGACAUUUUCCUUAUGUGUCUCUCUUCUUGGCAAAUUUUGUCUGCUUACAUAUUGAAGCAGGAAAGUUUACCUCCAUCAUACAAAUCCUUUCUCAAUAAACACGGAGGAAAGGAUACAGUAAUAUUGUAAGGUGUCAAAGAGAUUGCAAGUGGCAUACCUUUUACUAAUUGGGAAACAUUGCAAAUCGAUUGGAACAAAUAUUAAACUCGAUCCAGGCAUGGAAGUUCCUUGCUUGAUUGUACACAGAGAUCAGUCAUGUAGUGGACAUAUUUUUUCUUUCCUUAUUCAAGCCUAUAAGAGAGCAUUGCCAGUUUAUCUUCCAGUGUACCUGAUUCCUGCCCUUAUAGUUCAUCGGCAAGAUCUCUUGAAAAGGUGAUUCAUCAUAUGAUUUACUUUCUUGAUUAUCUUAUUUUCUAUACUGGUGAUGCUUUACGAAGAUGUGAUCAAGUGCUAUCAUCUUCUGGUUGAAAUUUCCAAGAAAACAGAAUUGAUUUGACUGGGAAGAAGUUUUGAGAUUUACAUUUGUGGCUUUCGGAUUCACCACAAGUCAUUUUGUUGGUAAGCUUAGAUAGCAGCCUAUGCAUUACUAAUUUAGGAACUGUCUUAUUGUUAAUCAAUAUACGACAGGUUUUGUGUAGCACGUAUUUGACUGGAAUAGGAAUUUAAAUCACUAGUAAAUUUCUGGCGUGAUUAUGUAUUACAAAGUGGAGCAACAGAAACAUGUUGAUCUAUGAUUGUUUAUUCCCUUCUUAUUUCUGUUGAAGAACUCCUAAUUUUGUCUUGUUUUUACUCUGCUGUCUUCUUAGUGGUUGGCAUUGCUGAGUACUGAGACUCUAUCACCAUCACCAUUCUUUCCUAUGAUACUAAAUUUCGUGUGCAUUACUCUGUACUACUAAAGGGCCUUCUUGGUACUGCAAGAUCAAGCUUGUUUCUUUCUGUAUAUUGCUCAUCUGCAUGGGCAUGGACAUGCUUUCUGUUUAGGAUUUUCAGGAGGUGUAACAUACCAAUGGUUGCAAUGGGGACGUUCCCGACUGGUCUAGCCAUGGCCAUUGAGAAGAAAAGCAGACGAAUUGAGAUUUCACUCUAUUGUUCUGCACAAGAGAGGGAAGUGUUCAGAUCGAAAUACUUGAAUGUUCCCGAUUGGGUUUUCGGCGUCCCACCUCCAUCAUGUGAAACCCCUCGCUGCAAAAAUAGUAAGGGAGAUUUCCUUUCGUGCCAUAACUCUCACAUUUUGUUACUAAAGUUGAAGGGAAUUAAUAUACUUUUAGCGAUUUUGACA